GGCUAUCGAAUCCAAUCCCAACUUCUAACCCUAUUUUGGAGGUGGCCCUGGUGAAGCCAGGCUGACGACAUCUUCUUUACUAGUACUUGGUAAGAUGUAAUUUGGCGUUGACUAUGGAUGCGGACUGGGACGAGGUUACGCGCAUCGCCUUCCCGGCGCCGGGAAGCGCUGAAUACCCGAGACCCGCGACUGCCCUAGCCUUCGACACUGCGCAGGAGCAACUAUGGGCCGGCAGCGACCGAGGCCGAGUGGUCUCCUUCUGCGGCCGCGACCUGCAGCCAUACACUGCCUUCCGAAUACAACCUCCUGCCGAAGGCCCUGUGCGCCAAUUCCUCUUUCAUGAGAAAGGCGUCAUUGCGCUGGGCACACGGUGCAUCCACAUGGCGAUGCGGAGGGGGCCUGCCCUGUGGAACAUCCGACACGAUGAAAUGAAAGACUUGCGCUGCAUGGCCUUUACUUCCCGCGGAGCAUCCGAGAUACUGGUUGCCGGCGGGCAAGACACCAUGUUUGUCAUUGACGUCACCAAGGGAGAGAUUGUUAGACAGGUCGCCACCGAGAACCACUACAUGAUCAUGAAGAAGAGCCGAUACAUAUGCGCCGCCACCAAGAACGGCUGUGUCAACCUGCUAGACCCCACAUCCCUCAGGGUGAUUAGGAGUUGGCAAGCCCACUCGUCGUACAUCAACGACAUGGACGCUCAACACGAUUUUAUCGUCACCUGCGGAGGAUCGAUUAAGCAGCAAGCCGCGCAGGCAUUUAUGCUGGACCCAUACGUCAACGUCUUUGACCUGAAAAACAUGUCAUCGAUGAAGCCAAUGCCCUUCCCACCGCUCGCCGCCCAUGUUAGGCUGCAUCCGAGAAUGCUCACCACCAGCAUUGUGGCAUCUCAGCACGGGCAGAUGCACGUUGUCGACCUUAUGAAUCCUAACACGAGCAAUGUUCGCUACGCGAAUAUCCAUUCUUUUCUGGGCAAGUUUGAGAUUGCGCCCUCGGGCGAAGCCCUUGUGAUGGCUGACGCCGAGUGCAAUCUGUACCUGUGGGGGCCCCCGUCCAAGCUGCGCUUCACCGACCUGGCUCUGCCCGUCGAGCUGCCCGAGCCCGAAGAGCCCGCCCCCCUUCUUGAUUGGUCUCCGGAUACUCCCCUGAGCUCCGUGGGAAUGCCUUACUACCGCGAAACACUGUUUUCGGCAUGGCCUGCUGAUAUAAUAUCUGACGUCGGAGCUCCCCCGGCGCAGCUUGAUCAGGCCUUUCUCUCUUCGCUCACGAAGGUCGACUGGGGAUUUUAUGGGCGUAACACCAGAGGUCUACGAAGGAACCAGUUUGAAGAUACGCGAACAGCCGGUAAUGCGUCAAACUCGAUGCAGCCCCCAAAGUUCUUGAGCGAGAAGGCACGAGAGUCGGCCAGCUCCUCUAACGGCGGCGGCUCGAGUGACCAAGUGGCGGAUACACCAACGAGCAGCGAGCUUGAAUGCCUCAAACCGGAAGCCCCAGCCGUUUAUCUUAACCUGGAAAUAAAGUACAGCAAAUUUGGCGUCGACGAUUUUGAUUUCGGCUUCUUCAACAAAACACGCUACGCAGGCUUGGAAAAUCACAUCGCAAACUCGUACGCCAACUCUCUGCUGCAGCUUAUGCAUUACACCCCCUUGCUGCGUAACAUGGCGCUCCAGCACGCCGCGACGGCCUGUCUGGUCGAUCCCUGUCUGCUCUGCGAAUUAGGGUACGUUUUCGAUAUGCUUCAGAAAGCUGAAGGCUCGACAUGCCAGGCCACAAACAUGCUGAAGGCCCUGGGAUAUACCUCAGAAUCAGGGCCGAUGGGUUUGCUUGAAGAGGGGACGCACCCGGCGUCAUUGGCAGCCAUGGUCCAGGCCCUGAGCAGGUUUCUCUUUCAAGACAUCUCGAGAGGAUACCAGAGCAUCUCUCCCGCGUCUACCGCCCUCGAGCAAGCCUUGUUCAACCUACCCCAACCCCUGACCCCAGACGAGUUCGUUUCUCGGGUCCUCACCACUUCUGCCGUGAUAACUAUCAGGUGCACGCAUUGCCGUAACGAGUCAACUCGCCCAGGCAACACGUGGGUAAACGAGUUGAUAUACCCAGCACAGAAGCCGGUAGGUAGAGGCGUCAGAGCACCGAGGACCACGUUUUCUCAAGUUCUCAAAAUGGGGGUUGAACGCGAGACGACUUCUAAGGGAUGGUGUAGCAGAUGCCAGCGAUAUCAGAACUUGCAGAUGCGGAAAACCAUCUCCAGCAUUCCUGCAGUUCUGGCUCUUAACGCAGCCACAGCAAGUCCCGACCAGCGGAGGCUCUGGGCGACUCCCGGAUGGCUCCCGGAAGAGAUUGGCAUCAUAGUAGAUCAAGGCCAGUUCUUCUGUUACGAAGGAGAGGACCUCAAGCUGCACCUUCAACGCGGGAUCCACGACAUUACCGUCUAUUCUUUGAUUGGUCUGGUUGUUAGCGUGGAGACCAGCUCUCCCCAGAAGCCGCAUCUUGUGGGCAUGAUUAAUGUUGCGCACGCCGAGUCUACUCCGCCGGGACAAAGCCGAUGGCAUCUUUUCAAUGACUUCUCGGUGCGGUCCAUCUCGAGAGAAGAGGCUUUAACGUUCAACAUGUCAUGGAAGAUGCCGGCGGUUCUCAUGUUCCAGCUCAAAGCCGCCAACAAUAAGAUUUCGACGGAUUGGAGGGAGAAGCUGGACACGUCGAUUCUGUACCAGGACCUAAACCCGACGAUGGAUAGCAGUACGAAGACGUACCAAAUUCUCGACCGAGAAACGGAGAAGCCCGGCCCUGAUACGAUAGUCGCUCUGGACACGGAGUUUGUCUCGCUUAAGCAGCCCGAGAUCCAAAUUAACUCAGACGGGCAAAAGGAAACAAUCCGACCCAUGUCUCACGCUCUGGCCAGAGUGUCGGUGGUCCGAGGGCAGGGAGAGCACGAGGGCACGGCAUUCAUCGACGACUAUAUCAUCAUCAGAGAACCCAUUGUGGACUAUCUGACGAUGUAUUCGGGGAUUACACCCUCUGAUUUAGAUCCGCGCAAGUCGAGGCACAACCUGGUGCCUCUCAAAGCCGCGUACAAGAAGCUUUGGGUGCUUCUUAACCUGGGCUGCAAGUUUCUCGGCCACGGGCUGCGGCAAGAUUUCCGAGUCAUCAACAUGCAGGUACCGCGGGCGCAGGUGAUUGACACUAUUGACUUUUUCUACCUCAAAGCGAGGCUGCGGAAGCUCUCGCUCGCGUUCCUGGCGUGGUAUCUUCUCAAAGAGGACAUCCAGCUGGAGACGCACGACUCGAUCGAGGAUGCGCGGACGGCUUUGAAGCUUCACCGCAAGUAUCUCGAGUUUAUUGACGCAGGUAUACUAGAAAUUAUACUCGAGGACAUCUACAGAGCGGGGCGGGGGACGAACUUCAAGCCGCAGCGCAAGGACGAUCAGGUGGUGCAGAGAACGGAUACGCCGCCGAUACCCAUGGAAGGCGCUGCGCCGUCGACACCGACGCCCUCCCGUAAGGCGGGAGGCCCGGGUCUGGGUCCGGGUACGGGGUCCGUGGCUGGGCCGGCGUCUGGAUUCGGAGGGGCCCCUGUUUUCACGCCCAACAAGGGCUCACCGAUGCCAAAGUAGCCUUGUUAUGUUACCUUAUUUUGGUCCAACGAGAGCGCGAUAGUGGGAAUCUAUG